AUGCUCAAUCUUCAGAAACAGCAAAAAGUUCAGCCGGUGUAUGCGGAGAUGCGACGAUCAAUUAGUCAAGGUGCAUUGGUAAAUCUGAGAGACCCAACAGGCGGUAAAGCAGCAUUAGCAUCAACGCCAUUAGGUGAACGGGCUAUGUUAGCACCAGUUCGUGAAGACAUUCCAGCGUCCCCGUCAUUAAACCGAAAAGCUGUUUUAUCACGAGUAAAUCGUACACCAACGUUGAAAAACGGCGAAGAAAUUGCUACACAAAAAGAUUUUCGAGAAGAAGUUGUUAUCUAUAAUGAUCUAUUACAAAUUAUGUAUGUCAAUCAAUUAUUUGAUGAAUUAACAGAAGAAAAUGAUCGAUUAUUAAUGCGCUACAUUGGCCAGUUGCAAAUGACAGCAUAUCGAAUUUCUAAUGAGAUGAUGAAUAUGAACGCAGCCAGUAAAAAACAACGUGUUGAUCAAUCAACUGAUGAAAUUAUACUUGUUCUCGGGCAAACAUUGCUUAAAAUGAAAAAAAUAUUUGCUGAUAAUUUGUUAAUACAAAAGGCAGUUGAUCAUGCGUUGAGCUCGAAAAUUAAUUAUCUUUCAAUACAUAAUGUAGCAAGCAAUGACGCAUGUGAUAAAGAAAAUUUAAAGCAAACAAUUGAUCAAUUAAGUGACCUAAUUAAUGUUAUUGAUCAACAAGCACCAAUCGAAGAAGAGUUGGAUAUUCAGAAAAAUUUAAUUGAAACACUUAAUCACGGAGCAUGUGUCUAUCAACAUGCAAUAAAAGAUAUUCAACAUGUUCCAAGUAUGGCUGAAACGAAAAUAUUAAAUUUAUGUACAAAACUUGUUACUUUGUUUACAGAAAAAUCCAAAACUUAA